AUGACCGGUUCAAAGUUGGAAACUUUCAAACAUACAGAUCUCAAAAUUGAAGUUACAAAGGAUAGAAAACCUUUGCUCCCUGAAAAUGAAUUAGUUUUUGGCAAGCAUUUCACUGAUCAUAUGAUAACCAUCGAGUAUACCAGCGAAAGUGGCUGGAGUCAGCCUGUCAUUAAGCCUUAUGGUAAACUUGAGCUUGAACCUUGUGCUACAGUAUUUCAUUAUGGUUUUGAGUGUUUCGAAGGUAUGAAAGCUUACAGGGAUGCAGAAGGUCAUGUCAGACUUUUCCGCCCCGAAAUGAAUAUGGAUCGUUUGAAUAAAUCAUCCUCCCGCUUGGGUUUACCCACAUUUGAUCCCGAAGAACUUAUUAAAGUCAUUGUUGAGUUUUUACGUAUUGAAGAUCGUUGGAUACCUUCUAAGCGUGGCUAUUCAUUGUACCUUCGUCCUACCAUGAUCAGUACCCAACCUUCAUUAGGUGUGCGUGCACCUUCAUCUGCUUUAUUGUUCGUCAUUGCCAGCCCUGUCGGCCCUUAUUUUGCGACAGGUUUCAAGGCUGUAAGUCUGUUAGCUUCAACCGAUUAUGUUCGUUCUUGGCCUCAAGGUACUGGUGACUGUAAAGUAGGUGGUAAUUAUGCUCCCUGUGUCAAACCCCAAACCAUUGCCGCUCAACAAGGCUACCAACAAAAUCUGUGGCUCUUUGGUGAGGACCACAAAGUAACCGAAGCUGGUACCAUGAACUUCUUCAUGCUGUGGAAGAAUGCCGAUACAGGUCGUCCCGAACUCAUCACCCCUCCUUUGAACGGUCUUAUUCUUCCUGGUGUCACUCGCAACAGCAUUAUCGAAUUAGUAAAGUCAUGGGAACCUGAGACGGGUAUUAUUAUGCGUGAAACUGAAGUGACAAUGGACGAAAUCAUUCAAGCAGUAGCAGAAAACCGUGUUCUCGAAAUGUUCGGUGCUGGAACUGCUUGUAUUGUAAGCCCUAUUAAGCGUAUUGGUUUCAAUGGUAAAGAUCUCGAUAUUCCUUUAGACCCUUCUGAUCCUCAUUCUGAGGCUGGUCCUUUGACGAAGAAGAUCAAUGAUGCCAUUAUGGAUAUCCAAUAUGGUGUUGUCAAGCAUCCUUUCUCUCGCGUAGUCUACUAA